CCUGAAACUAAAACCCUACCUAUCCCCUUGGCGCCCAUGCCAUUUGACAUACUGUAUACAGAAAAACUUAUAGAACCCUAGAGUUUCAAAACCACUCGCACUGAAUCUUACCAGACGAAUUUGAUUGAAUGGCGAAGAAAAAGACUGAUAAAUUGAGAUCACAGGGCGAGGAAAAAAGUGUGGAGGAAGAGGCAAAGGAGCAGGCGGAAGUAGAAAAGGAAGAGGAAGUAGUAGAAGAAGAAGAAGAAGAAGAAGAAGAAGAAGAUGCGGAGCAGAGUUUCACAGAGCUUGGAUUAGACCCACGCUUAAUUCGUGCCCUGAGCAAGAAAAGCAUCGAAAAUCCCACCCCUAUCCAGCGCGUUGCAAUUCCUCUCAUCUUGGAAGGAAAAGACGUGGUUGCUCGAGCUAAGACUGGUUCUGGAAAAACAUUUGCUUAUCUUCUACCUCUACUUCAGAAGCUUUUUUCGGAUAGCAGCUCCUCCAAAAGUUUUCAAGCUCCUACGGCUUUCAUUUUAGUUCCAACUCGUGAAUUGUGUCAACAAGUUUAUUCAGAGGUCACAUCCCUUAUUGAGUUGUGCAGAGUGCAACUGAAAGUUGUGCAAUUAACCAGCAGCAUGUCCAACUCUGACUUGAGAACGGCAUUGGCAGGUCCACCUGAUAUCCUUGUUUCCACACCUGCUUGUAUUCGCACAUGCUUGUCAAAUGGCAUACUUCAGCCCAAGGCCGUUCAAGAGUCCCUGUCCAUCAUUGUGCUCGAUGAGGCAGACCUCCUUUUGUCGUAUGGAUAUGAAGAAGAUCUUAAAGCUCUUACAACUCAUGUCCCCAAACGUUGUCAAUGUCUUCUCAUGUCUGCUACAUCCAGUGCUGAUGUGGAGAAGCUGAAGAAGCUUGUUUUGCAUAAUCCCUACAUUUUAACCUUGCCUGAAGUAGGAGAUGUCAAGGAUGAUAUCAUUCCCAAAAAUGUUCAGCAAUUUUAUAUCUCAUGCAGUGCACGAGAUAAGCUUGUCUAUAUCCUUGCCCUAUUGAAGCUUGAGCUUGUCCAGAAAAAAGUUUUGAUUUUUACCAAUUCAAUUGAAAUGAGUUAUAGGCUGAAGCUAUUCCUUGAGCAGUUUGGUAUAAAAUCUGCUGUUUUGAAUUCAGAGCUUCCACAAAAUUCUCGUCUGCAUAUGCUUGAGGAAUUCAAUGCUGGCCUGUUUGAUUAUUUGAUUGUGGGUGAUGACGGUCAGCAACUACAGAAAGAAAAAAUAGACAACCGAGAUAAUGCUGACAGGAAAAAAUCCAAGAAGCAUCUCAAGCAAAAAUUGGAUGCAGAAUUUGGUGUAGUAAGAGGGAUAGACUUCAAAAAUGUGCACACGGUUAUAAAUUUUGAGAUGCCUGAAAAUGCAGCUGGGUAUGUACAUCGAAUUGGGCGUACAGGAAGGGGCCACAAUACUGGUGCAUCUGUCUCUCUUGUUUCACCUGAUGAGCAUGCUGUUUUUGAAGAUGUUAAAGAAAUUAUGGCUGAGAAUGAAAGCGAGGACUCCAAUUUUAUUGCACCAUUCCCGUUGCUUAGUAAGAAUGCUGUAGAGAGCUUGAGAUAUAGAGCUGAGGAUGUGGCAAGGAGUGUGACGAAAGUUGCUGUUAGAGAUGCUCGGAUACAGGAUCUUAAGAAUGAAAUCCUCAAUUCAACGAAGCUGAAGGAUCACUUUCAAGAUAACCCAAAGGAUUUAGAUCUUUUGAAGCACGAAAAGAUUCUGAGUAAGAAGGAUCCUGCUCCACAUUUGCGCAAUGUGCCUGAAUACCUGUUGGAUCCUACAACACAGGAAGCCAGCAAGAUCGUGAAGCUUGCUAGAGCUGCCAUUGGAAAUAACAACUCUGCCCGCCGUGGAGGAUUUAAGGGCAAGUUUAAGAAAAGCAGAAACCCUCUCAAAACGUUUUCCGCGGAGGCGCCUCGAAAACCCCGAGGUGGGAUGAAGAGGAAAGGGCAAGAAAAUAGUGAUGGUCGCAAGGGCAAACGGAAACAGUCAAUUGAAUAAUGUGCUUAUACAAGUUUCAAAUGUGUAGGAGCUUCAAAUCACUAAAAUUUUGUUUAUUUAUUUAUAAAUGUUUUUCUUACUGCGUAAUGUUGUUUAAUGUAAGUAUUUCCUUUUCUGCAGUUCAGAAAUUAAUCAAACCAACAAUAUUCCAUAAAAACUACUCAAUUACUCACCAUCAAUGAUGAGAUUGGUGACUUCUUACAUGUUCCCUUUUCCGAAACAAAGGUGACCGAGUCUUGAAACAGGAGAUUGAUGGUAGUGUGUGGGGUAACAAGGUAAAACCGGAAGCUCGUUCCCGGGCGAACCAUCUCUCCUUUCUGUGAACACAGAAUGAUGGUGGGGAAUGGGGAUAGGGCAAAGACUAAAAUCCAAAAUUGGUUUUUUACAUUGGGUCAUUUUAACCUUUUGGUCCUAUAAUUAACAUUUGUCUUAAAUGGUCCUUUACUUCUAUAUUCAUAACUUUUUUGAUCCUCUGGUACUAUUCAGGCAUUUGACCGUUUCGAAAGCAAAGUCAACAGGGGUAUUUUCGGUAUCUCACAAUUAAUUAUCCAAAAAAAUUUUCAUGGAUUAAAAUAAUAAUAAUAGUAGCACUUUUGGGAGCAUUCAAAUACACUAGGGGGGCAUCUUUAUGCCCAACUAUUCCCCGUUUAUGAAGGUGGUGAAUUCAGAGUCUUUGAUAAUGUGGAUCUUCAAAAUGUUUACUGGCAACUUAGCUGAGAUGGCCGUACCAUUGGGAUUCUCAGAUAUGUUACUUACUACUUUAUAAGUGAAGCAAAUGGAGAUGAGGCUAUAGAGGGGGAUCGGAGACUUUGUGAAAUUUGUUCAGAUGCUUUGUCUGGUGAAAGGUUUAUUGUGCUUUAUGCAUUGAAUCUAGAUGAAGAACGCUACUUCGAAUUAAACGAUGACUUCAUGAAUAGCGAUGAUGGUAUGGGAGGCCAUGAAGAUGAAUUUUGUUAUUGUGAUGAAUGUUGGAUUGCUGAACACUGUCAAGAUAUAGAAAUGGAAUCACGUCUAAAUGGUGAUGAAGAGGAUAAUGUCAUUGAUUGGGCAGAAGGAUGCAAUGAAAGUGAAACUGAUGAUGAAGAGGAUAAUGGCAUUGAUGGGGCAGAGAUAUGCAAUGAAACGGAUGCUUAUGAAGAUGACACUAGCUGUGAUUGUGAUGAUUGCAGGUAGAUGAACAAUUCCGGUAGAGUAAAAGUUGGUGCAAUCGAACAUAUCUUUUUAGUCCUUUACCUUUUGUUCCUCUACUUCUACUUAUGCGUUCCUUUACCUUUUGGUCCUCUACUUUUACUUAUGCUGUUAAAAAUGCAGUAGAGGAUAUUUUGGUGCAGUCCGAUGAAUCAAUUUACU